AUGCCUGACAUGACGAGCGUCGCUGCGGCUGGAGAGGCUCGUCAUCUGCAGCGAGGCUCGUCAUGUCAGCCACGUCCUAUUCCUCCUCUCCUUGUGUUCCUUGCACUCUUACUCUUCGACACCCGCCUCGUCUCACUCCCCCCGGCGACGCGCUUCGGUCAGGUUAUUGCGAGUGUGGGCUUUGGACGCGACGUCUCGCAGAACCGCACGCUGAAGACACUAUGGGCGCGCGAUGUCGCGGACCCGCCAGACAAGAACAUGUAUCAGUGCAGGCGAUUCUUAUAUUCCUCCCUCAAACACUGCUUCAACGCAUCCACCGUCACUCCCCAGUCGCGCGGCGUCUUUCUGUCUAACACUGCCAGCACGGACACCCUCCUCGCCGCUUAUACAGCCUCCACGAGCACGCUCUCGAUCUCUCGAUAUUCUCCGUCCUGA